GAGGGAGGGGGGCCAAAAAGACCCCGUCGCGUUUUGACCCUCCGAAACCUCCCCGCACACCGCCACCACUCCUCCUUCUUCUCCUCUCCUCCUGAGGCAGAAAACACCAUCGCUCACUUCCAGCCGUGACAUUUUCCAGCCUGUCGCCGUAUGCUGCGCGGACAGCGAGCACAAGGAGCCAAAAAAGAGCAAGGGACGCUUUCUGUCUGCCCUCCCCAGCACCGAGCAUCCCCGACGGCUGCGAGCCGGAGCGAGAGGCGCACCAGGCGGAGACGAGGCGCUGCAGGAACCCGCUGCUCCCGUACACCGGGGCUCUGGACUACACCGGACACGGCCCGAACAGGACUGGAUAUUUACGUCUCGGACCACGGGGACAGAGGAAGGGAGCAAAGCUCGCUGGACUAACCGAGCAGCGCAUCAUCUUCUCCGGUGUAGGACUGGCUGUCGAGUCGCAUGGAGAAGAGGUAUGAAGAGCUGGUGCACUACUCAGGGUCGGAGGGCAUGUCGAUGGGGGGGUACGUGGACGAUGUCAGGACGCUUCCUCCCCCACACUACGGACCCACCAUCCCCGACUCCCUCAAACACCACAAAGACCAGAUCUAUGGUCAUCCACUGUUUCCACUGCUGGCCUUAGUGUUUGAAAAGUGCGAGCUCGCCACCUGCUCCCCUCGAGACUCCGCCUCCCUGUCAAUCACCUCCCUGUCAGCCUCCUCCCACCUCCAGGGGAUGACCAACCACAGCGACGUCUGCUCCUCCGAAUCCUUCAACGACGACAUCGCCGCGUUUGCUAAGCAGAUCCGAUCUGAGAAGCCCAUCUUUUCUUCCAAUCCUGAGAUCGACAACUUGAUGAUCCAGGCCAUCCAGGUUCUCCGCUUUCAUCUGCUGGAGUUAGAGAAGGUGCACGACCUGUGCGAUAACUUCUGCCAUCGCUACAUCACCUGUCUCAAGGGCAAAAUGCCCACAGACCUCAUCCUGGAUGACCGGGAGGCGAGCUCCAAGUCCGACGUGGAGGACUUCACGGGUUCCUGCACCAGCCUGUCGGAGCAGAACGCAUCAUGGUUACGGGAGCCAGAUGAAUGUGCCACGACUCCCCUGGGAACACCAGGCACCUGUGGCCUGCCUUCACACAGCACUGCAGACAACUGUAGCGACAUAGGCGACGGUCUGGACGGAGGAGGGGCCUCCCCCAGCACAGGAGACGACGACGACUCCGACAGAGACCGGAGGAACAACAAGAAGAGGGGCAUCUUCCCCAAAGUGGCCACAAACAUCAUGAGAGCGUGGCUCUUCCAGCACCUGUCGCACCCGUACCCGUCUGAGGAGCAGAAGAAGCAGCUGUCCCUGGACACGGGACUGACCAUCUUACAGGUCAACAACUGGUUCAUCAACGCCAGGAGGAGAAUAGUUCAGCCGAUGAUUGACCAGUCAAAUCGCUCAGGUCAGGGUGGUCCUUACAGCCCAGAGGGAGCAGCUCUCGGGGGCUACGGGCUUGACGGACAGGCUCACCUCGGGCUCCGAACAGCAGGUCUGCAGGGGAUGUCUUCUCUGCAGGGUGACUACCCCGGCGCUCUACUGUCCCAACCAGGCUACCCUCAUCACCCGGGUACCUCCCUCCACCCCUACCCGGGCCCACACCCCCACCCCGCCAUGCUGCUCCACCCGCCGCCACAUGCACACCCCUCAGAGCCGCUCCUCGCCCAGGGACUGGACAUACAUGCACACUAGUUGUGGGGGGAGUCGGAGUGUGUGCUUGUGUGUGUGUGUGUGUGUGUGUGUGUGUGUGUGUGUGUGUGUGUGUGUGUGUGUGUGUGUGUGUGUGUGUGUGAGGGCAAAUUACUGUAUGAAGGAGUGUGAGUUUGUGUGUGUGUGAGAGAUGAUGUGUGUGUAAUGACUCUGAACUGAACACUAUUUAAAGAAAAAAAAGACACAUUACUCUAAAGUUUACAUUCCCCACUGAAAGACACUGACCUCAAUGUAGCUGUUCCGCUCACACACACACACACACACACACACACACACACACACACACACACACACACACACACACACACACACACACAGUCUGGACCCACAGGUUUAAGCCAUACCUCUUUCAGAGUAUAAGUGCUUCCUCCUCUCCUAAUGUCUCCACUGUGUCCUGUGGGUGAGACACAUGCUUUAAACUACACUUCCCAUCAUGCAUCUGAACCACAGGAAGACCGAUGAAUAUUUAGUCCCCAGACUUUGCAAGAGCACACGGACGUUACUGGAUGGGACUUGAUCCUGUGAGCACGCCUUCUUCACUUCACCCUGUCUUCCUGCAUGACACGUUGACUGUCAAAGACACACACAUACACACACACACACACACCUUCACACACACUUUACUUAAAGCUGAAUUUGAGUUUUUUCUUAGUCUAUUU